GGGCGAAUGUUGCUCUCAGUGCAAGCGACGGCCCCCCGCCAUGGCUGACUCCCCCCCACGCCUCUUCCUCCUCCUCCUUUAUAAGCUCUCGCGCUCGCGCUGGAGCUUUCACCACGCUCGCUCCAUCGAUUCCUUGUUCUAGUGUUUCUAUUUUUUAUUUUUGGCUCAAGUUUCUAGCGUUUCUUGAUCUGCUGCUCUGCUUGGUUGCGUUUCUUGAUUUGGUUGGGAUUGGUUGUUCUUGGGCUUAUCCUGUGUAGCCCGUUUCUUGGAUUCAAAGCUCAGCUCAGGUGGGAAGGAAGACAAAGAUCCCACCUGGUGAAAACGUACGGCGCAGCCGCAGAUCGAUUAAUUUUCGCGGAAGCGUCCCCGGCCAUGGUUGCUGCCCUCAGGCCGCAGGUGCUGAUCUCUUCUUCAAGAUAGGAAGCGAAACAGAGCAGAGCCUGCUCGUGGAAGGAGAAGCUGAGUUUGGCUCUGCAGCUGAGACUAUCCAUCUGCGACGAGGAGGAAGAAGAAGGAGCUAGCGAGGAUGCGGCACAUCUCGUCGCUGCUGCAGGGGCUGGCGCGCUCGCUGUCGGUGGGGAAGGAGAGGAAGGGCGGCGACGGCGACGACGGGAAGGCGGCGGCGGCGACGGCGACGGCGGUGCUGAGGACAUCGGGGACGCUGUGGGGCGAGGGCUCUGAGACGUUCGCCGCCGUCUGCUCCCGCCGCGGCGAGAAGGGCAUCAACCAGGACUGCUCCAUCGUCUGCGAGGGAUUCGGGUGCGAGGAGGGGAGCGUGUUGUGCGGCAUCUUCGACGGGCACGGGCAGUGGGGCCACUACGUGGCGAAGGCGGUGAGGGAGUCGCUGCCGCCGGCGCUGCUCCGGCGGUGGCGGGAGGCCGUGACGCUGGCGGCGCUCAUCGACGGCGGCGAGAAGCGGCUCUGCGAGUGCCGGCCCGACCUGUGGCGCCAGUCCUACCUGGCCGCCUGCGCCGCCGUCGACGCCGAGCUCCGCGCCAGCCGCCGCCUCGACGCCGUCCACAGCGGCUGCACCGCGCUGUCCCUCGUCAAGCACGGCGACCUCCUCGUCGUCGCCAACGUCGGCGACUCGCGCGCCGUCCUGGCCACCGCCUCCCCCGACGACGGUGGCGGCGCCCGCCUCGCCGCCGUGCAGCUCACCGUCGACUUCAAGCCCAACCUGCCCCAGGAGAGGGAGAGGAUCAUGGAGUGCAACGGGAGGGUGCAGUGCCUCGCCGACGAGCCCGGGGUGCACCGGGUGUGGCGGCCGGACAGGGAGGGCCCAGGCCUCGCCAUGUCGCGCGCCUUCGGCGACUACUGCGUCAAGGAUUACGGCGUCAUCUCGGCGCCGGAGGUGACGCACCGCCGGAUCACCGCCCAGGACCACUUCGUCAUCCUCGCCACCGACGGGGACAAACAUCUCAACUUGUUCGUCUUCGUCUGCGCGGCAGGUGUGGGACGUGGUGUCGAACGAGGAGGCGGUGCAGAUCGUGGCGUCGGCGCCGGAGAGGGAGAAGGCGGCGAAGCGGCUCGUCGAGUUCGCCGUCCGGGCAUGGAGGCGCAAGCGCCGGGGCAUCGCCGUCGACGACUGCUCGGCGAUCUGCCUCUUCUUCCACUCGCCGCCGUCCUAAACAACACACACGCUGACACGCACGCAGCCAACAAAAACCGCACACGCCGACGACAAUGUCGCCGUCGUCGUUGAGAGGCGCCACAAAAAGGAAAAAAAAACGCAGAUUGUUACAUGCCAGAAGAACAAUGCAAUUUGCCGCCAUGAUUGGGACGGUGCACGAUUGACCUGACCUGCCGGUGAUGAACUCUGCUGCUGCUAGUGGAUGACCGGGAAAAAUCCAAUCCUCCGGCUUUCACACCACCGUCAUUGUCAAAAAGUUGUCCGAGAUUCAAUUCAACAGCAGCCACAAGAAAAAGGCAGGGAAAAAAAAGAUGCAUUUUGUCCUCAUUUUUUUUUUUCUGCAUGUAUCAUAUGGCUCCAGAAUUUCUGUGGUGGUGGUGGUGGUGACAAAAUAGUCACUGUUAUUGUUGUGGUACAUCAAUCAUUCAACUCUCCCAUGAAGAGGGUCAUGAAUCACAAUCUUCCUCUGAAA